CUUACAGACCCCAAAUUUUGAACUGUACUGUAAAACAUCUUUAAGUGACAGAAUACAACAAACACCAAGUAAAAAUUCUACAUUAAUACUUACAGUAUCUUCCUACCUUCAUUAUCAUAGUGGGCAUGGCUCUCUGCCCCUCCCCCUUCUUAACAUUACCCAUAAUUCUGGCCAGUGACCCAUAAGUCCUUGCUCUGACCGCAGGCAUAUUUGGGGCUGAUGGAGCUGCAAGCAGCUCGUUCCAAACACGCAGAGCUUUGUGUUCCCAUGGUGAUGGUCCCGGCCACUGUGUCCAACAAUAUCCCCGGCUCAGACCUGAGUAUCGGGGCAGACACGGCCCUCAACGCCAUCACGGACGCCUUUGAGAGUUUGCUGCAGCUGGUCGAUGCCCGCAGCAGGUAUGAGGAGUUCUGUGUGCCCAUGUGCAUGCUGCCCGCCACCAUCAGCAAUAAUGUGUCCGGCACUGACCUCAGCAUUGGCGCUGACACCUCCCUCAAUGCCAUAGUGGAGGUAAGAUGCACCACCCUCAGCCGGAAGGACAGAUAUUACGAUAGUGAUUAGCACAGCGGAAAUGGAAAGAGAUAAUUUGUCAGGCUGUAUCUUUAAAGUCAUUUUUGGUUAAAGAAAUAGUUCAACAAAAA